AUGAUGCACACCCGUCGCUUAAUAGAUUUAAAAGACUUCCAGGGAGACCAUCUAGAGUACGAAGAGUAUUUCCGAAGAAUGGCGGGCCAGGCAAAGGCGUCAGAAGCCUCCUGCAAAGAGAUAAUGCAAGAUGCCUUCUCCCUCUUAUGCGAAGAGAGAAGCAGCACAGUAAUAGAGUGUGCCAUGAAGCUGAUCCAUGCAAUGGGCAUAAAGAUAUCUCCAAGUGUUGUUCAGCCUCUGAUCGAAAUAGGGGAUGUUUUAGAGGUGUAUUCAGCGCAUGCUAGAACGAGCAUAAUAGAAGAAAGCCAGGAAGAAGAGUGGUGCGGCCUCAUAAAUGCAAUUCUUAAGAUGGAUACAUUAAUAUCAGCAGGCACACUUGACAUAGUAGCCCGUGCAACUGUGCUUAAGAGUGUGCGAGACCAAGUCAGGUGCCAUCUGGAGACAGUUGUUUCUGUGAAUGCAAUUCGCCUGGCAUCUGUUCUUUUAAAGAGCAAGGAGUAUUUUAUAGAAGAUAGCGAGCAGACAAAGAGCGAACUUUGCAGGCUUUUUGAAAAAUAUGUGCUCUACCUAGGAAACGAAGAUAUUUUUCUAUCCAAGGAGGCCACAUUCUUUCUUAUUGCAUACAAAAAAUAUCUCAGUGCUCUGGAAGCCAAAAAGAGUGACUUUUACAGGAUGAUCAAAGAAAUAGAAAGCAGACACCAGGUGCCUAUCCAGUCAUUUGAUAACUAUCUUAGAAACAUCUUCUAUCACCUGCCUCCUGCAAUAAGAACGAGUAUUUCUGAAAUCAUUGCGCAGUCCAAUUGCGCAGCGUGCACGCUUUCUGCAGAAAUAAGAGCUCUUCUGAAUAUACAGACAUUGGAUAAUCACUUAGCCAAGAAAACAAUUCGCUGUAUACUACUGGAUGAGGACAUUACUGAGUGCAGCGCCAAUAUUGACAUUAACUUCUCUGAAGACAGCUACAUAAACAAAGACCUAUCACACCUUUUUUCAGAUGUGCACGUGCAUGCAUCUUGUAUAGAAUACUAA